UCUCUCAAAAGAAGAAUCACACAGUCUCUGUAACUGAGAAGAAAAAUGGAGGAGAAUCAGCUGAAUCAAGAAACCCUAUCCUGUUCGAUCUGUCUGGAUCUAGUGAAGAAUCCGGUAACUAUUCCCUGUGGACACAGCUACUGUAUGAACUGUAUUAAAACGCACUGGGAUAAAGGGGAUCAGGAAGGAAUUUACAGCUGCCCUCAGUGCAGGGAAACAUUCACACCGAGGCCUGUUUUGAAGAAAAACACAGUCUUUGCAGCAUUAGUGGAUCAGCUGAAGAAGACUGGACUCCAAGCUGCUGAUGCUGAUCUCCGCUAUGCUGGACCUGACGAUGUGGCCUGUGAUUUCUGCACUGGAAGAAAACUGAAAGCCACCAAAUCCUGUUUAGUCUGUCUGGCCUCUUACUGUGAGAAACACCUUCAGCCUCAUUAUGAUUCAUCUGCAUUUAAGAAACACAAGCUGGUGGAGCCGUCCAAGAACCUCCAGGAGAACAUCUGCUCUCGUCAUAAUGAGGUGAAGAAAAUGUUCUGCCGCACUGAUCAGAAGUGUAUCUGUAGUUUGUGUUUAAUGGAUGAACAUAAAGGCCACAACACAGUGUCAGCUGCAGUAGAAAGGACUGAGAGGCAGAAAGAGCUGGAGGAGAAACAAAAGAAAAUCCAACAAGUGCUCCAGGAAAAAGAAAAAGACAUGAAGCUGCUUCAACAGGAGGUGGAGGCCAUCAAUCACUCUGCUGAUAAAACAGUGGAGGACAGUGAGAAGAUCUUCACUGAGCUGAUCCGUCUCCUCCAGAAAAGAAGCUCUGAUGUGAAGCAGCAGAUCAGAUCCCAGCAGGAAACUGAAGUGAGUCGAGUCAAAGAUGUUCAGGAGAAGCUGGAGCAGGAGAUCACUGAGCUGAAGAGGAAAGACGCUGAGCUGGAGCAGCUCUCACACACAGAGGAUCACAACCAGUUUCUCCUCAACUACCCCUCACUGCCAGCACUCAGUGAGUCUACACACUCAUCCAGCAUCAAGGUUCGUCGUCUGAGACACUUUGAGGACGUGACAGCAGCUGUGUCAGAGCUCAGAGCUGAACUACAAGAUGUCCUGAGAGAAACGUGGAAACAAAGUUCACUGACACUCACUGAGGUGGAUGUUCUACUGUCAGAAUCAGAACCUGUUAGCAGAGAUGGAUUCUUAAAAUAUUCAUGUGAAAUCGCUCUGGAUCCAAACACAGCUCACAAAUGGCUGGUGUUGUCAAGGGAAAACAAGAGGGUGACAAGAAAGGCUCAACAUCAGUCUUAUUCUAGUCACCCAGAAAGAUUCACUCACUGGCGCCAGGUUUUGAGUAGCGAGAGUCUGACUGGACGUUGUUACUGGGAGGUGGAGAAAAGAGGGAGCGUUUAUGUAGCAGUCGCAUACAAGAAUAUCAGCAGAGCAGGAAAUGGGAAUGAAUCCUUAUUUGGAGGUAAUGACAAAUCUUGGGCUUUAGAUUGUCACCAAAACCAUUAUAAAUUUGGUCACAACAACAUCUGGACCACCAUUAAAAGUCCAGUUUCCUCCAGAGUGGGAGUGUUCCUGGAUCACAGAGCAGGUAUUCUGUCCUUCUACAACGUCUCUGACACCAUGACUCUGAUCCACAGAGUCCAGACCACAUUCACUCAGCCGCUACAUGCAGGAAUUUGGGUUGGGUUUGCAUGCCAUGCAGAGUUCUGUGAACCCAAAUAGACAGAACCCACUUAGGGUUCUGUGGGUUUGAUUCCGAAUCUUAAUCCUGCAACAGAUUUGUUCUUGAUUGUUGUUAUUUUGUUUCUAAACUGCAUAUAAAUCAGUAUGUAGAGAUUGUCAGCACAGGUUUUUCUUAAAGUCUGGUGUUCAAAACAGCUGAUCAGCACAAGAAUAUUUACUGUUUCCACUUUCAGGCUCUGAACUCAGACAUAAAACCACAUACUACUCCUCAAGUUGAAAAAGGGAAAUUAGUGCUGUGAUAAUGUUCUUGUUGUAACUCAUUUACCAAUUAAUAUGACCAAUUAUAAUAUUACUAAUUACCAACAAAUUGGUAAUACAUUAAUCUACCAAUUAAAUUAAUACCUACCAAUGAUAUAACAGAUAUUGUCUUAUUGUGGACUUAAGCUAGUUUCAUGUUUUUCUGAUUCUUAGGUGGAAAAAAUUCAGAUUAAAACUGUCAUGUUGCUUCCUUGUUAAGCGGUGUUGGUGAUGGGAUGCUGCCCCCUACAGGAAUGUUUCGUUCUUACAUGACAA